UAAUGAUAAAGGUCAAUACUGUGGAAAAAGCUACGCGAAGCUCGUAUCCACUCUGGGAGUCAGAUGUCGGCAGACAAUAGGGUUGGCUUAUAAAAAUUGGAAAGAAGUCAACCAGACUCUGAAAAAUAAAGUUUGGAAAGACAUUCAGACGGGGUUCAUUGUGCCGGACACCUUCAAACAUGAUUGUCUCAUCCUAGCUGGGAAGUUAAUGAAAGACUUCAAGAAUAGGAUGACAAAAGACAUCAUAAUGCCCGCGUUGAAAGAGAAUGAUCUGGGACGACUGGCACAAGUCCCUGAAAAGCACCCGGAGAUCGACGCUGCUGAUUGGUGCAAAUUUGUUGAAAGUAGACUAACUCCUGAAUUUCUGGAAUUGAGUAAGGUGCAACGUGAACGUUCCUCAAAAAUUCAAUCCAGACAUCGAAGUGGUCGGAGUGGGAUGGUGAACGUACGGGAAGCUGUGAAAAAGGACCUCGAAGUUGCAGAUCCUCCCCGCCACCGUGUUUGGAUUAAAUCUCGCACCAAGAGUAGAAAACUUGUCACUGAUUACGACAAGGAAAUUGCCGAGAAGAUAGCUCAAUUAGAGGAGAAGCUUAGUCAGGGACAAAUUCAGGUCCAGGGCCAAAACGAUAUCCUCACGCAGGCGCUCGGGACACCAGAGCAUCCUGGACGUGUCGUGGCCGCCGGGUUCCCGACUGUGGCAUCUCAACUGUUCGGCAGGAAGAAAAGGGAAGUGUCUGAUGUUGUGGCUCGGCAAGCGAAGGAGAUUGAACAAUUAAAAGCCGAAGUCCAAUCCCUUAAGCAGCAGAGGAACGCUGCCGAACAAGAGGAAGAAGGAGAGGUGGCUGGUGAGGCGUAUGUUCCACAACCAUACGCUCCUCAGGAUGAGGUACAACCACAAAUUUAUGCUGAGGAGUUCAUUUCCCUCAACGACCAAGGUAUCCUAUACAAUUUUGAUGACCAUGCGGCCCUUAAUCAGCAAGUACAUCUCUGCUCUGACAACAUCGACAAUAUUGUGGCCCGAGGGUAUUUGUACGAGCAUGUGGGUGAGAUCAAAGUACACUGCAAGGAUUACGAUGAUUCACAUGCUCGGAUCAUGGUUUCGGAAAUCCUGCAAGAGGACGCUGAAAUCCCAGUCCCACUUGAAGAGUUCAGAUAUGUUAGGGACGUGUACCAGAUGUUCCUUCCUUGGCCUAAACACUUAAUUUUAACAACCGAGGGUCCACUCGCUCAACCGCCCUCAAGACGUGAUGCGUCAAAGGGGAAAGCUCCGAUGCUUUCUCCACAAAGCCGUGGUGCACGGGAAGAUGAGUUGUUCACGGAAGAGAAGAUGGCGUUGAUCCCUAAUUCGCUGAAAUGGAUGAUUCAUGAAUUCCUAAGGCUCAAAGAUAAACGUGAUAUAAUCACAAUUUCUGUCCCCCGAGGAUUCAUUGCACCGCGUACCCAGAUCAUUUUAUCUGGAGAGGAUUUGCGAGCGAGUUGCUACGUCACAUAUGGGAGAAAGCAUCAACGGUACGAGAAAAAUUUUCAAGUUUUACGACCCAGAGCUUCUCACAAAGGCAUGGGAUCGGCCGAUGAAGAACAGAGUCAGUCUUUUGACGAUGCGGCAAGACGAUUGGCUAAUUGGUUAUCAUUAAUGAACAGCAACCACCAAAUGUUCUUUAUUCCUUGGAAUAUCGGGAUGCAUUGGACGCUAGUGGUGGUUGCGCCAAAGAAAAUUAUCCAUUUAAACCCUCUAAAAGGCCGCCCAAUUCCCGAAGAAAUAGAACAAAUGAUCGGAAGGGCAUUCAUGUAUAUAGGGGACGCACAUCAGUAUCUUGGCCCGUGGCAAGGAAUUGCACAAGCAAACUGUCCAAGACAACCUAAAAGCCAAGAAUGCGGUUUUUAUGUUUUGAAAUAUAUGACUGACAUCGUCGCACGUGCCAACCCCAACCGUUACAUAGAAGAUCAAAAAGCUGUAAGUUUUAAUUAUUGAUCAUAGUAUAUAAAUUUUAUAAUAACAAAUAUAUAAUAUACAUAUACAUAAACUAAUAUAAAUUUUUAAUUUUUUUAACAGU